UGUAGUUUGAAACAGUAACUGUAAUAUUUCUGGUUUUGCGCGGCAAGCACAGGUCCCAGUAUCAGACGCCGACGUCAUUUUGCACCUGUAUGAACAUCAAUCAGCCCUGCCACAACUGCGGUCAACCCCAACAUACGAACAACAAUACUGCGAACUAGCCAGGCAUCAACCCUGUGGGAUGUGCCGGCUGUUAACUGAGAAACCAUGAUGCGGAAUAAGAAUUUCUCGUCACUGCAAAAGACGUACGAUGAGUGUUACUUGAUAUGCUCAACGGCAGUGUACUUCGAGAGUCAGGGAAAUGAAAGCGAGGCCUUGCGGUCAUGGCGGUCAGCCCUCGACCAGAUUUACUUCUUCAACGCGCGAACACCUGCCGAUCUCCGCCCGCGGUCAGAAACCGAGAAAGCAUUGAAGGAUAGCCUGAGGGAUAUGGAGAUGCAAUGCAAAGAGCGGGUUGAACUUCUGGAGGCUCUGAGUAUUUCACGAGGAGAUAAAGCGUCGGUGGACGAAGGCGCGGGCGUUGCGUCAUCCUCUCAGCAGUCGAGCACAGCGAACAAGCUCUCCAAGAGCCCUAUAACUCCGCGCCCGUCAAACGAAUCCGAAGCACCCGUUAGGGGAUUUAUUGGAGAUGGCACUAUUCCUGCUAUAAGCUAUCCGGAUCCCUCACGUCCCUCUCGCCCUACACCAUCUCCAAGGCCAAGGCCACCAGUUCCUCCCAGGAAUAUAUCCGACCACGCGGUUGUUGGACGUAACUCGUCAAGCACGACAAUAUCGAGCGAUGCGGCCGUAAACGCUGCCCAGGCUCAAGUGCCCUCUUUUGAGCCAGACAACUUAGUUCCAGCAAAGAAAGUAUCCAGGAAGACAUCCAGGAGCAAAAGUCCACAGAAAGAGCGAGCCAUGCUUACCACACUACGAUUCAACAAGGGAGAAAAGCGUCCUACUAAACCGGCACGGGUUUCUUCCAGUACCACUGAUGACACUGUGACUAGCAAAGCGGCAACUCUGGCAUGGAACGCUCUCCGAAAGAAGCCGUCGCCUAAAGAUGAUGGUGGCAAAACACAUUCUCUAGGAGUGGCUGCAAGCGCAACUGCGCUGGAUAAUAGUCGCAAACAAGGCAUGGCAGAACGGCCAAGUUCCGAUAACCAGGAAGUUCAUUACAACAGCCAUUCCAGGAGACUUGUCAGCGGCCGGCCAAAGAGCAAUAGCCCGACAGAAUCUACAACCCGAGGUGAAUCAUAUACUACUGGCGACGGCCCUGAAUAUCCAUUUCCGUCAACAGAUCCACAACAGCAGGCAGCUGUUUCCGGACCAAUGCUAAAUUUUCCCACAGUCUCCGAAAUUCAGAACCUUCCACCUAGCGCUCCAUCAUCGGACCCCGAAACCACCUCCAGGUUUAAGUUCAGGACUCCGCCUCCGGUUCCACCAGCCAAGCCUGCAAAGUUCGACGCUCCAUCAUAUCCCACAUACCUAAGGGAAUACCCGGAAACCACUGCCAAGAAGAAUGCUGUAGAAAGCCGAACCAUGUUGCCACUCCGUAGGAGAUCGCCCGCUAAACCAAGGACCUCCGGGGAAGAGAAAAAUCCGGAAGCAAACGGCUCGUCCUCCCGCAGAGACGCACGGCAUGUAGGAAGAACGUCGCUCGAUGAUGAUAGCUCCUCCCCCAGUUAUGAUGAAAGGUCCGGUCGAUCCAGGAGGCCCCGGAGGAAGAUUCCAAAGCAAAAGGAAAACGAAGAUGCUAUUUUAGCUGACGCCGAUGCACCAAAGGUCGAAGAGUCUGAUGAUUCAGGAGAUAAGCAGGAUAAAGAUGACUGGGCAACGAAAGUCAAGUAUAUGAUGAAGCAUCUGCCCAAAGGCUGCGAUGAGCUUGCCGCCAAACAAAUCUUCAAUGAAAUUGUUGUGAAGGGCGAUGAGGUUCACUGGGACGAUGUGGCCGGAUUAGAUGCAGCAAAAAAUGCCUUAAAGGAAGCUGUAGUGUAUCCAUUCCUACGGCCAGAUCUUUUUAUGGGUCUCCGAGAACCAGCUAGGGGUAUGCUCCUCUUUGGUCCACCGGGAACAGGCAAGACCAUGCUUGCCAGAGCCGUGGCAACGGAAUCCAGGUCCACAUUCUUCUCGAUCUCGGCGAGCAGUCUCACAAGCAAAUAUUUGGGCGAAUCAGAGAAACUUGUUCGGGCCCUUUUCGCGCUGGCAAAAUCUCUCGCACCUAGUAUUAUAUUCGUCGAUGAGAUUGACUCUCUGCUUUCUAGCCGUGCCGGUUCUGGCGAACAUGAGGCCACGAGACGGAUCAAGACGGAGUUCCUCAUCCAGUGGAGUGACCUCCAACGCGCUGCUGCUGGCCGAGAACAGACUGAUAAAGAGAAGGAGGCGGGUGAUCCCACUCGAGUGCUUGUCUUAGCUGCGACCAAUAUGCCCUGGCUAAUUGACGAUGCCGCGCGGAGACGGUUUGUAAGGAGACAAUACAUUCCACUGCCGGAGGGCGAUACUAGGGCCGUACAGUUGGCAAACCUCCUAGGUCACCAGAAGCACAAUUUGAGUGUGGAGGAUAUCCAGAAGCUGGUCAUGAUUACUGAAGGCUUCUCUGGCUCAGAUAUCACGGCCCUGGCUAAGGACGCUGCUAUGGGUCCUCUCCGUUCGCUUGGUGAAGCGCUCCUUCACAUGCCCAUGGACCAAAUCCGGCCAAUCCAGUUUGAAGACUUCAUGGCAAGUCUGGUGAACAUUAGACCUAGCGUAAGUCAGCAGGGCCUCAUGGAGUAUGAGGCGUGGGCGAAGGAAUUUGGUGAGAGGGGCGGCUGAUGCAUUAUUAUAAGGGCCUGGUAUUCUUGGUGUGAGGACAGGGGGCGUUCUAGGCGGCAUCACCAAUGGGGCAACAGAGCACUGUGGUAUCCGUAG